UGGCGUGGCACUGGGACCCCCAGACUUGGGUUUGGGGUUUUUCACCCCACUCAGUCACCCUCCUAAUCUUACCAGUGUCCCAGGUUCCAGAAUUUUCUUCUACUUACUCCCCAAAGUAUCCAUGAGGGUCCACCAGUAAUAACGAUGAGAGCUGACUACGCACUGAGCAUUUUUCACACAUCACAUUAUCCUCAUGACAGCCCCAGGAUUUAGGCAGAGAACAGGCCAGAGAGGUACAGUGACUUGCCCACUGUCACACAGCUGGUAAAGCCAGUUGAGCCCAGGCAGGCCGACUCUGGUGAACCUCAAUGCUAUGUUGUUUCAAGAAAGCACACAGAGCAGUGGCAUGGCUGCUGAGGGCUGAAUGGGAAGAGAGGGCAACAGAAAUAAAUAGGAGAUGGUUCCCCAUCCAUGAGAGGUUCACAUGGAAAAACAGGGCUGCCCUCAACUUAUGUGUCUGCACAGUGACAACUUGAGCAGGAUUAGCUCCAACCAGUGUGCACUGAGGUCCACUGCACCGCAGCAAGGACUCAGGACCAGAGGACAGAGCUGAUGAGGCGUGACCCUGCUCUCGAGGAGCUCCCCAAGCCACUUGUACCCUUUAAAGACAAAGCCUGAGUGUCCGAGGGCCACAAGAGUGAGAGGGUGUUGGGGGUAAUCCGGGGGGCUUCCUGAAGGAGGAGCUGAAGGAGGCUUGGCAGGCUCCGUGUUCAAACAGUUCCCAUCAGCUCCUCCGGGAAGACAGUUGGAGAAAGGAGACCGUGGACCAGAAACAGUUAAAGAGAAGAGAGUGCAGACUCUCCCAGACUCCUGCCUCCCACACACCUCACCAUGUAUUUGCUCAAACACGCCUUUCGAGUGUUCCCCUGUUCCCCGUGCUACUGGGCAGGUGCUAGAGAAGUUUUGGUUUCUGUGAACAGAGGGUUCUUAAGCAGACUGCCACCAGGUGGGCCCAGGUGUGUUCGCAAACUUAGUUUGAACCUGUGGUACCUGCAAGGAGUAAGGCCGAAUGUGAGAAGCAGUUCCCUGACUGAUGGACACACACUCGCCAAAGAGUCCCCAGGUCAUGUGCUCGACCUGUCGUCCCCAGAGAAGGCAAAGGACGCCCAGCCGAAUUCUGCAGAGGAAGCGCUGUGGACGACUCGGGCCGACGGGCGCGUCCGCCUGCGCAUAGAGCCUAGCUGCCCACAGCAGCCCCCCUACACUGUGCAUCAGAUGUUCUCCCAGGCCCUGGAGAAGUACGGGGACCUCCGCGCCCUGGGCUUCAAGCGCCAGGGCUCGUGGGAGCACAUCUCCUACUCCCAGUACUACCUGCUGGCCCGCAAGGCUGCCAAGGGCUUCCUGAAGCUCGGUCUGGAGCCUGCGCACAGUGUGGCCAUCCUUGGCUUCAACUCCCCGGAAUGGUUCUUCUCGGCAGUGGGCACAGUGUUUGCAGGUGGCAUUGUCACCGGCAUCUACACAACCAGCACCCCGGAGGCCUGCCAGUACAUCGCCUACGACUGCCGUGCCAACGUCGUCGUGGUCGACUCGCAGAAGCAGCUGGAGAAGAUCCUGAAGAUCUGGAAAAACCUGCCCCAUCUGAAGGCAGUAGUGACAUAUGGAGAGCCUCCUCCGGAGAGGAUGGCCAACGUGCACACGAUGGAGGAGUUCAUGGAACUGGGGGACCAGGUGCCCGAGGCGGACCUGGACACCGUCAUCAACGCCCAGCAGCCCAACCAGUGCUGUGUGCUUGUCUAUACAUCUGGCACCACCGGGAGCCCCAAGGGCGUGAUGCUGAGUCAGGACAACAUCACGUGGACAGCGCGGUACGGCAGCCAGGCCGGCGACAUCCAGCCGGCAGAAGUCCAGCAGGAGGUGGUGGUCAGCUACCUGCCCCUCAGCCAUAUCGCCGCCCAGAUCUAUGACCUGUGGACCGGCCUGCAGUGGGGGGCCCAGGUCUGCUUUGCCGAGCCUGACGCCCUGAAGGGGAGCCUGGUGGACACUCUGCGGGAGGUGCAGCCCACGUCCCACAUGGGCGUGCCUCGGGUGUGGGAAAAGAUCAUGGAGCGCAUCCAGCAGGUGGCAGCCCAAUCCGGCUUCAUCCGGCGCAAGAUGCUGCUGUGGGCCAUGUCGGUGACGCUGGAGCAGAACCUCCCCUGCCUGGACAGCGACCUGAAGCCCUUUACCGCCAGACUGGCUGACUACCUGGUGCUGGCCAAGGUCCGCCAGGCGCUGGGCCUCGCCAAGUGUCAGAAGAGCUUCUAUGGAGCCGCCCCCAUGACCGCGGACACACAGCACUUCUUCCUGAGCCUCAACAUUCGCUUGUACUCAGGCUACGGCCUCAGUGAGACCUCAGGCCCCCACUUCAUGUCCAGCCCCCGCAACUACCGGCUAUACAGCUCUGGCAAGGUGGUGCCUGGCUGCCGGGCGAAGCUGGUGAACCAGGAUGCAGAGGGCACCGGCGAGGUCUGCCUGUGGGGCCGCACCGUCUUCAUGGGCUAUCUGAACAUGGAGGAGAAGACACGCGAGGCCAUCGAUGCUGAUGGCUGGCUGCACACUGGUGACGUCGGCCGCCUGGACGCCGACGGGUUCCUCUACAUCACCGGCCGUCUCAAAGAGCUCAUCAUCACAGCCGGCGGGGAGAACGUGCCCCCCGUGCCCAUCGAGGAGGCUGUGAAGACGGAGCUGCCCAUCGUCAGCUGUGCCAUGCUGAUUGGGGACCAGAGGAAGUUCCUGUCCAUGCUGCUGACCUUGAAGUGCACUGUGGACCCGGACACCUCUGACCCCACCGAUAACCUGACUGAGCAGGCCGUGGAGUUCUGCCAGCGGGUGGGCAGCAAAGCCAGCACAGUGUCCGACAUCGUGGGGAAGAAGGACCAGGCCGUGUACCAGGCCAUUGAAGAGGGCAUCCAGAGGGUUAACCGGAACGCGGCUGCCCGACCCUACCACAUCCAGAAGUGGGCCAUCCUCCAGAGGGACUUCUCCAUCUCGGGCGGAGAGUUGGGUCCCACGAUGAAACUGAAACGGCUCACAGUUCUGGAGAAGUACAAAGACAUCAUCGAUUCCUUUUACCAAGAGCAAAAAAUGUGACCCAAGGCCGUCCUUCCAGUGUCCCCUGAAGACGGCAGGCCUCCCAGAGCGUUUUCCUGAGUGCAGGUCUUCAGUCUGGGCGCAUGGACUUCUGGCAAGUCUGUUAGGUCUCGGGUCAGGUAUGGCACCAGCAUUCCAUUUGCCAGGACUUGUGCCAACAAUAGCUGACAAUUCCGAGAAGCUUCGCAUGUGCAUAGUUGUAAGUGUUGCUUUUUGUUCAGGUGACAUGAGACCAGCUCUCAUACCAGAAGGAAAGGGCUGACAGAAUUUGGCCUUAGUUCCAGGUAGAUUUUAUGGGCUGCUGGCUCGCUCAGCAGGCCAGCCAGUGGCAGGGAAGUCGGCUCGUAUUACUGCCUGCAAAUGGCUGUAACUCACUCACUCACUCACUCUGGAAUCUUGUUGGACGCUGCCGACGCUGUCACUCCAGUACCAGGCGCCCCUCCACGCACACACCGGCUGACUUGAUGCUUCGUAGUGCUGCUGCUGCCUACUGGUAUUUAAUGUAUGAUACGGAUAUUAAACGCUUUAACAGAACUGUCA